AAGAGUCGCAGCCUGUGGCCGCCGCCGCUGCGCUUCGGUGGUGACCGGUGGCGGCUGUACAGCCGAGGUGGCGUCGCGGGGAGGGGCGGGCGGAGCGAAAGAGGAAGGAAGGUAGUGGUGGUUGGUGGUACCAAGAAUGGCGGCGACGGCCUACGAGCGGCUGAAGCUGCAUAUUACACCUGAAAAGUUUUAUGUGGAAGCUUGUGAUGACGGGGCUGAUGAUGUGCUCACCAUUGACCGAGUAUCCACAGAGGUUACCCUGGCAGCCAGGAAAGAUGUUCCUCCUUCAGCUGUCACAAGACCAAUAUUUGGUAUACUGGGCACAAUCCACCUGGUGGCAGGUAAUUAUCUUAUUGUCAUUACCAAAAAGACUAAAGUAGGUGAAUUUUUCAAUCAUGUAAUAUGGAAAGCAACAGAUUUUGAUAUCCUUUCUUAUAAGAAGACAAUGUUGCACUUAACUGAUAUUCAGUUGCAAGACAAUAAAACUUUCCUAGCAAUGUUAAAUCAUGUCUUGAGUAUGGAUGGAUUUUACUUUUCAACAACAUAUGAUUUGACCCAUACUCUGCAGCGGCUCUCCAACACUAGUCCAGAGUUCCAAGAGAUGAGUCUGUUGGAAAGGGCAGAUCAGCGGUUUGUGUGGAAUGGACAUCUUCUUAGGGAGCUGUCUGCUCAGCCGGAGGUCCAUCGCUUUGCUCUUCCAGUGUUACACGGCUUUAUUACUAUGCACUCAUGUUCUAUUAAUGGAAAAUACUUUGAUUGGAUUCUCAUCUCCAGGAGGAGUUGUUUCAGAGCUGGUGUGCGCUAUUAUGUAAGAGGAAUUGAUUCUGAAGGCCAUGCAGCUAACUUUGUAGAAACAGAGCAAAUUGUGCAUUACAAUGGUAGCAAGGCUUCAUUUGUACAGACCCGAGGAUCAAUACCUGUUUUCUGGUCUCAAAGACCCAAUCUCAAGUACAAACCAUUGCCACAGAUCAACAAAGUAGCAAAUCAUAUGGAUGGUUUCCAAAGGCAUUUUGAUUCGCAAGUAAUUAUUUACGGGAAACAAGUCAUAAUCAAUCUGGUAAACCAAAAGGGCUCAGAGAAGCCACUUGAGCAGACAUUUGCAACAAUGGUGUCUUCCUUGGGAAGUGGAAUGAUCAGGUACAUUGCCUUUGACUUCCAUAAGGAAUGUAAAAAUAUGAGAUGGGAUCGACUAAGUAUUUUAUUGGAUCAGGUAGCAGAAAUGCAAGAUGAAUUAAGUUAUUUUCUAGUAGACUCUGCUGGCAAAGUGGUGACAAACCAAGAAGGUGUCUUCCGUAGCAAUUGCAUGGAUUGUCUGGAUAGAACGAACGUGAUCCAGAGUUUGUUAGCUCGACGUUCACUUCAGGCCCAGCUUCAGAGACUAGGAGUUUUGCAUGUGGGACAAAAGAUUGAAGAGCAAGAUGAAUUUGAGAGAAUUUACAAAAACGCCUGGGCUGACAAUGCAAAUGCCUGUGCCAAACAAUACGCGGGAACCGGUGCCUUGAAGACCGACUUUACCAGAACUGGCAAGAGAACUCAGUUGGGACUUAUCAUGGAUGGCUGGAACUCACUAAUACGGUAUUACAAGAACAAUUUUUCUGAUGGAUUUAGACAAGACUCUAUAGACUUAUUUCUUGGGAACUAUUCAGUGGAUGAAUUGGAAUCCCAUAGUCCCUUAAGUGUUCCAAGGGACUGGAAAUUCUUGGCUCUGCCUAUUAUCAUGGUUGUUGCCUUUUCCAUGUGCAUUAUCUGUUUGCUUAUGGCUGGUGACACUUGGACAGAAACAUUGGCCUAUGUGCUCUUCUGGGGAGUCGCAAGCAUUGGAACAUUUUUUAUUAUUCUUUAUAAUGGCAAAGAUUUUGUCGAUGCUCCCAGAUUGGUCCAGAAAGAAAAGAUAGAUUGAAUUUGUAUUUGUGGAAAGCGGCUUGGAUUGGAAGACUCCAUGAUGCAGAACUGGAGUCUUUACUGACCCGCUUUCCACAAGAGCCCAAGGUCAUCUUAAAGCCUUUUUCCUUUGGUCCCCCCAAAGCAACUCACGUGCUCCUUGCUGGGUGAUGACUUAGAAUUGAUCUGAUGUUUCUGCCUUCAUAAUCUCUUUACUAUUGAGAUGGUUAUAUUUAUAAUCUGAAGCUCUAGUAUAAUUGAAAUAUAAUCGGAAUUCAGCUUAUGGAAUGGAGGGACUAUAUUAUUCAUUGUCAAGCUAAUCAGCCGUUAACAGAUAAGUAAUAUAUUUUACAAAAGUUUAGCCUCUUUCAUUAUUUAAAACAGUACAAUUAUUUUUCUAGCUCUGUAUCAUUAUUGUCAUUGUAGAUGCAGUCACUUAGCAAGUGUCCUUCACACACACCCAGCCCAUCUUUGGACUUUCCUUAACAAUUUUAGUGAUAAGCUAAUUCUCCUCUGUUGCUAAAACGUAAGCGUCUUAUAGACAUCAAGUAGGUCUGAAGAGCGGUCUGCGACUUCGUGGCAGGAAUGAGGCGAGUGGGGUCUGGAUUUUUUUUAAGUGUCCAGGAACCACCUCAUGACCUCAGUCAGCUUGAGCCCCUGCAGGGCUCUGACAGUCACCGUGCAAUGGAAUAGUUCACAUCUACUUUAUCUUUUCUAAAACCUGUAGACUAAAUCAAAGAAUGUAAAGUCUUGAUCUCUUACGCCAAAGGUCCAAAGCUGCCUCCUUUGAGGCGCUCUUCCCGCAGCUGGCAGGCCGCUUCCUUCUGAGCACUCGGAUUUCUCCGUGGGUCACUCAUCGAGCCACACAGGCCUCUGAGAGGGUCUUGUGCUCAAUUUGCUAUUGUACUUGGGGCGACCGCUGCUUUUCCAUGCAUGGUACUAUUGCUUUCUCACACUGUCAGGGUUUGGGUUGGCUCUUGGUAAACGUGUCUGAUAUUUAGCUCUUCUAGGUUCUUAAAGUUCUCCAGAUCAAAGACCAACUUCAACUUGAAUGUAUGUGCAAAAACAAACCUGAAAAAUAGUGCUUCAGAGGCCAGACAUAGUUGUCAUUGUCAGACUGUAUGUUCAAAUCGUAAUUAUGAGGUUUAGAUAAUAGAACAGUAAGUUAGUAUAAUUACCACUAUUUCAAGAUAAUUCAGUUAAACACUGCUAUAGUAUCUUAGUGUUUUGCUGCAAUGUAUGUACAGCUUUUUCCCCUUCAAAGGCAAUAACUUUUGUUGUCCUUCAAUAUUUCUAAAAGCGCCUUUAUUUUAACAUUACCUUUUUUUCAACCAUAUCUCUUACAAACAUAGGAGUGGUUGCUUUUUAGAAAUCCAAAAAUCAGUCAUGAAAACUCACAGUAGGGUAAGUAAAUAGAGCCACCUGUUCGUCAUGUAAAUAAACAUAAUUUGUUCCAAAGAUGGAAUAUUGAAACAUAGCUUCUAUCUACUGUAAUAUAUUAUGCAAAUACUACUGGACAUUUUAUAGUAAGAACUUCACAUUAACAACUCCAACAGAGACCAAAUCUGAAUUGCUGGCGUGGCUGCUUUGCAGGGGGUGAACUAGUGAUACUGGUGUGUUAGGUCAUCAGCUCGAGAUUUUGGGACCCUGCGAUGAUUUUCCUUCUUCAUUCAUGUACUGUUUGUCCAUCAGUGAAAAUAAAAUGUCGUAUUCUUUUCUAAUGUGUCAUUCCUGUACUUUUAUUUUGAAAAAAAAUUUUUCAUUUUAAAGGAAUGUAUUGUCAUCAUAGAAAAAUUAGACAAUAUAAAUAAAUAAGGAAAUAGAUAGUUUCUGAAAUCUUGCUUUCUUGUUAGGAUUGCUU